AUGGAUUUACCUUCAAAUUUUAAUCCUGAGAUAGAAACUAUUUAUUUUGAAGUUUUUGAUUAUGAUCGAUUGGUGAAUGAUGUGAUUGGCAAGGCAUCAGUGUCAUUGGACAGUUUGGAAAAAGGAAUAGCUCAACAAUUGACUUUGAAUUUGCACAAUGCACAAAAGGGAACACUCACAAUUGAGUUGUUAGCUGAAGAUUUUGGAAUAAUUCCUGAGAAAACACGAAGUGGUCAAUUGAGCACCACUACACAACCUCCAGCAUAUGAAGAUUCUCCUCCUCCUGAAUAUUAUGAUUCUCAAGGACAUGCCUAUCAACCCAUUCAAGACUAA